GUUGGCUGUGCGGUCACUGCACCAGAUUUCACGCCUGCGCUUUAUAAAAUUUGACUGUCGAAUGUGGAGUGAUUAAUGGAACGUUAUCAGUGAGCAUUCACUCCUUCGCUUCUACAAGACGCCUUUCUGUGAUGAGCGAUUCGCUGGCUGAAAAGAAGAAGAUAAAACCGCUCAAUAAACUGGAGUGGCUCUACCUCCAAUAUUGCCUCGUAACUGGAGUGUACAUGCUUGAGCCUUGGGAAAGAAAGGUCUUUACAAGUGUUGCUGUUACCCCUGUUUAUGUGAAUCAGCCAGAAAUGCCCGAUGACAAGGUCACGAUUCUGCUGCGUGCUGUAGGAGAUGCUCCGAUUCUAAAGCAGAAGAAGUUCAAUGUCGACGUACAUAGAACAGUGGCUUGGUUCUCACAAAUCACACAUUCGGUUCCCUUCGUGAUUGUUAUGCUGUUAAAACCGAGAAAGAAGACCAUCUGA